AGUUACAAAGCAGAGUGGAUGGCCUUUAUAAGUGAAAUAGACGACAAAGAAGUCGACAACACAAAACUGAUGCUGAAAAUCAUGACACUGCAGAGUCAGGUAGAGUGGCUAAAGAGACAGCUGUCAGACCUUGAGAUGGUACAAAGCAACAAGGUAACCCAGCUCACAAAUGAUCUCACAACCAAGAAGAACGAGCUGCAGGAAUACAUCAAUGAGCUGAAUGAGAAGAAUCAGGCAAAUGCCCAACUGAUUCUGACAACCACUGAGCUGCAAAAUCAGAUCAGAAAACUAGAAAGAGAAAAGCACAAUGAGGGCCAAGCAACUUCUGCUGCAGUUACUAAGCUGAGGGAACAACUGAAGGAAAAAGUGGAGGAGCACUCUCGUGAUCAAGCUGAGAUCAACGCUCUGCAAAACAAACUGAACCAGACAGAGGCGCAGUGUUCCAGUUCUGAGCACAAUCUUAAAGAUCUGCAGAACGACCUGGAUUACAAAAUGAAAGAACUGCAGUCCAAAUCUGAGUCUGUUUCUUCACUCGCUCUUCAGGUUUCUACAUUAACCCUGCAACUGGAGGAGCUAAAGAGAAGACUACAAAAUACUGAAUCUGAAACAAAGAUAAAAGAACUUCAAAAAAUGAUAAAUGAGAAAGAUACUGAACUGACCAAAAUAACAGAAGAGCUGAAAGCAAGAAGUGCUCAACCACUAAGAAUUCUACAGAUCAUUGCCGUACAAACAGAGAUUGAAAAGUUGGUGAAUGUAGCAGCAAAUGAGACAAAUGACAUUAAGAUUAGAGCUCUCCAAGACCAUUUGAAUUAUUUAAUUGACAAAUUGAAGACGAAAACAAUGAAAAUACUAAACUGAUGUUUAAAAUCUUGGCUCAAAAAGAUGAAAUAGCGAGAUUUGAGAAGCAAGAACAGAGUCAGACACAAGCAGAACUGGAGAGAAUUAAAGAUCUGGAGGAUGAACUGCAGCACGUCAGAAAUCAGAUAAAAGAAAAAGACACUGGUGCUGGACUCAGGCGAUACAAGGAUUGCUAAUUUGUCGGCUCAGAUUAUGGAACUUCACAAGAAAAUCAAACCACUGGAGGAGGAGAUAUCAGACCUUAAAGAGACAAGUGCUGAGAAUAACAGAGAGCUGCAAAAGAGACUGA